UGUCAAGCCUAUCGGAUAUCGGUAGUUUUCGGGUUGCCAUGGUGCCGGCCAUUACGCAUAAUUUAUAUACACAUUUUAUUCACUGAAAAGAAGAAAGGGGAAUUUAAUAAACUAAAGGAUCCAAUAAGUAAGAAAUAUAUCUGUAUUUAGAUAGCCAAGCGGGCUAAAAUCACCUGGGUUUCUAGAGCGGCGUCUGGCUUUUGGCACACCUAGCAACCCUGGUCGCGACAUAUAUACUUUUUAUGCGCAAAAAAGUGGAGAAUUCGCUCGCUAAGCAGACGAAACGCCUGAAUUUACACAUGAAUCUCAUUCUCAAGUAAACAAAAAACAGCAUUUAACAGUGCAUAAACUUAAAACCCGUGGAAAACGCAACGUGGCAGUGAUAUUUGUUAGUUAUUUGAGCCUGAAACCCGUAUAAAAAGCAACUUCCGCAGACGUCAGCAAGUGCCACAUAAAAGAAAUAGAUGGAAUAAACAAAUAAAUGGGAGUGAUUCGAUAAAUAAAACUCAGGAAUAUCAAACGGUACAGGGCAAGGAAAUAGAAGCGGCCGAGUGUGCCGUGUUGUCAUGCAUUUUGUCACACAGCAGCGGGCACAACAGCAGCACCACAAGUCCUCCACCUCCUCGUCGAGUUCCUCGCUGGCCUCCAGUUCCUCGUGUUCCGGAUCUGGAUCUGGAUCAGGAUCGGGACUAGGAUCUUCCUCCCGCUUUGUGGCCCUGCGCAAGUCAUCCAGCCAGGGUGCUCUUCCCAAGUCCUUGGCCACCGCCCACAGCUUCUUCCAUCGUCCUUCGGCCUCGCAGAGCAAACACAAACGCACCGCCAGCCUAAAUGCGACGCCUAUGAUUAAAGAUAGUGAAAUAAACAACCCAACAACAUCAAGUGUAAACAUAACCGCUUCGACUGCCGAAAGUUCGAGCAGUAGUAAGCCCCCUGCCAAUGCCAACAUGAUUCCCGAGACCACCCAGCCCGAUCAGCUCCAGUCACAGUCACAGACACAGUCCCAGUUCCAGUCACAAUCGCCGUCACAGUGCCAGCAGGCACAGGAUAGCCCCGAGCAUCCCAAUCCCCAGCAGCAAACGCAGCCGGAGGAGGAGAAGCAGGCGGAUGCGGCUGGUAGCAAUGGUGGCGACAGGCGCGAUUCGAUCACCGAGGAGAUCACGAUAACGAGCACCACCAACAGCAGCUUGAGCACCAAACUCCUGACCAUUCAGGAAGCUGCAGGCAGCUUAGAGCACAGCAGCGUCUCCAUAUCGACGUCCUCCAAACAGAACGCUUCCACAGCAGCCGGCGGAUCGCCACCAGCUGGUGCAGCUCCAGGUGCCAAUGACUCCACCGGCAGCAACCUCAGCUUAACCCAGGCCGCCACUUCCACUAGUCCUGGUUGCAGUUCGAGUUCUGGCAAUACAUCCGUGCCAGGAGCCACGCCCAGCAUAAAUAUUGUGUCUAGUGAGCCGUCGAGUCGAGAUCAGACACAGCAGUCGCAGAGCAUCGAUUCCAACGGAUUCACUGCUCCGGGCUGCUCCACGGACAGUCCCAGCAGCCGAAAGAGCUCUACAAGCUCCAAGGGCAAGGCCAGCCAAGCGAAGCUAUCCACAUCCAGCAGCGGUCGGGAUGAGCAGGACAUCUCGCACCACCGGCUGAGCGAUCUCACCCAGCACGAGCUCAGCUUGCUGCGCGUUGACCGGGAGCCACAGGUGACCAGUAGCAGCUCCACGUCCAACGAGAAGGCUGCCAAGCCAUCGCGGCUCUCGGAGCGGGCCAAAAAGAAGUCCUGGUACAACGUCAUCUAUCCGAACUACAAGUCGCGGGCCGAGGACUUCAAGAAGCUCUUCAAGGACGUGCCCAACGAUGAGCGCCUGAUUGUGGACUACUCGUGUGCCCUGCAACGCGACAUUCUGGUCCAGGGCCGUCUGUAUGUGUCACAGAACUACGUCUGCUUCCACGCGAACAUCUUCAGCUGGGAGACAUACUUGAGCAUCAAGUGGAAGGAUGUGACGGCCAUAACCAAGGAGAAAACAGCCCUGGUCAUACCCAAUGCCAUUUCGAUAUCCAGCGGCAAGGACAAGUACUUCUUUGCCACGUUCACCUCCCGCGACAAGAGCUUUUUGAUGCUCUUCCGCGUCUGGCAGAACACGCUGAUGAACAAGCAGUUUUCGCCUCAGGAGAUUUGGAAGCAUGUGCAUACCUGCUACGGUGAAGAGCUGGGCCUGACCACCGACGACGAGGACUACAUUGAUCCCACGCUGGACAACGACAACGAGACGGACUUUGACUUCCAGACGGCCAUCGAUGACGAUAGCCAAUCGCAGCGUCAGUCGCAACAGUCGAAUCAAUCCAACCAGUCAAAUCCCCAGCUUCCACAGAGCGGAAACAGUAGCGCCAGCAGCGGUGGCGGCGUCCGAGCCUCUGCCCCACGCAAGUCCAAGACGAAAUACUUCUUCAACUCCUCCAAAUCCUCGGCCAACGCCUCGGCCAGCGGCUCGGAUAACAACAAGACCAGAGAGAGCACUCGCAAACUAAACAAGAAGAUGAAGCAGAAUGCCAAGGAGUUGACCCUUAGCUCUGUAAAGCCGACAGAGCUUUCGGUGAGCGUCACUAUGAACGCUCCUAGUGCCAGUAGUAGCAGCACCGCUGGCUCCACCACAGCCUCCUCCUCCACCAUCGCCAAUCACACGGGCUCUGGUUCCGGAUCAGGUUCCGUAUCGGGUUCAAACACGGCUGCACCGAGUGGCAGCGGCAGCGACAAGAAGUCUGCGGAAAAGAAGGUCAGUACGGCUUCAAACUCUGCCGCCACAGCAGCAGCAGCAGCCGCUUCAUCUCUGGCCAGUGCCCCUUCUGGCCAACCAACAAUAGAGUCCAAGCUAGAAAUCAAGCGCAAGCUCGGAAAAAUUCAUCGCCAACGCGAAGAGGGCAAAAAUGCUGCCGAGAGUGUGCCCACAGAUGUCUCCGACUCGUCGGAUUCCGAAGAGAACAACUUGCCAUUUGUGCCCACCACAGAGUGCACCUCGACGCAUGAGGGCCGCCAGAUCGUCCACACCAUUCUGCCCAUUAACGUGGACACCUUGUUCAAUCUUCUGUUCAGCAAGUCCAAAUUCAUAACCGACUUCCAUGCCAUGCGCAAGUCAACGGACCUUGUGUUGGGCGAAUGGACCAAGAACGAGGAGGGUUUGCAAGUGCGCACUGUGAACGUCACCGUUCAAUUGGCCGCCUCAGUGGGACCCAAGACCUCAAAGGUAACCGAGUACCAGACGCAGCGGGAGUGUAGCAAGCCGGGCGAACUGUAUUCCAUAGACGUAAAUAGUGUUAAUGCAGGCAUUCCAUAUGCGGACAGUUUCAGUGUGCUCAUACACUUCUGCCUGGCCAGAACUGUCGAUGAUCACACUAUGCUCUCGAUUCACACUCAGAUCAAGUACAAAAAGUCGAUCUGGGGCGUUGUUAAGGGCUUCAUCGAGAAGAACACGUGGGCGGGACUAGAGGACUUCUUCGGCGCCCAGUUGCAUGCGCUCCAAAGCGAAACGUGCAUUCCGCCUGCCAAGGGAAAGGGACGCAGGCCGAGGAGAGGUACGGCCACCAUAAUUCGCCCUCUGGAGGAGGCAGUCGGUCAGGCACCAGCCGGUGAUCCCCUGGAGGCGCAGUUGCUGUCCACGGGCGGCAUUCCUGGGGCGACAGUCGGCGCCGCCACGGGUCAUCCGCUGCUGCUCGAGGGCGGCAAGCAGCAGCAGCUACACCACCAUCAGCAGACGCACCACCAUCACCUGCAGCCGCACAAGCAGCACCACCAGCAGCAGCAGAUGCACCUGGGUGGCGGCGACGGCCAGCCCCUGGCCACUGGUCACGGGACACAGGGUCACAGACUCAGACACAAAGGCUUGUGGUUGUUGGUUAUACUGUUGCUGUUCUUGAUGCUGGCAUUAAAUGUGAUAUUAUUACUUAAGCUCUGGAAGCUGGAGGAACGCAUUGACGUGGAUCUCAAUCGGCGGGCCCGCCUGCCCAGUUUGGCGGCCUUAAGUGAGCUACCGAGCACGAAUCAGGAAUGGCUAGAAUUGCUACGCGACCAGGAGAUGGCACACGAGAACGAGCUGCAAAAGUGGCAGCAGGUGCUCAAAACUGCCAUCGAGCUGCUGAAAAAGGUGAGCAUAGUCUGCGAAAAGAUCUACAACGACGGCCACCUACGUCAGAGCAUUGAGUCGAUGUCGAUGGCGGUGCACACAGAAUUCUAAGCAUCUCAUUAGAGGGUGAUUAACAGCAGCGAACAGUGACUUCGGCAAACAGCAAAAGCGUCAACUAAUUGUAACUUUAACACUCACAACCACAUAUGUAUACUUGCAGUGCGUUUCAUAGGUGAACGACAGUUAGAGGAGAGUAAGGAAGACCCUUUUGGUCGGAACACAUUUAAACUUCAGUUUUACCAUUUGUAUUUUGUGUUUUAGUUUAAAUUUCCGUCGUUUUCUUUAAAUUCGUUUGAUUGAUUAAUACAACUGUCUAAACAUUUUGAAACGCACUGUACUAGCGGGCAUUUGUUACUGAUCUCUUAGUUAGCAAUACACAAAACCCCAAAAUGUUGCAUGUUAUUUUGCCUCGGUUUAGGAAGCGGUUUCUCUGGCACUCGCUGAGGAGGAAAAUGUCACAAAUCAGUGUAUCUAAAUCCAAGCUUUAACUUGUGUUUUCAAGCAUCUAUCUCAACCAGAGUUGGCAAUUCUUUAGAGAUAAGUUUUGUAUUCCGUAGAGCGAGCUCAAAGAUUGUAUUGAAAAUCAUUUCGGUCUAUCUGCAAACAAAAUUUAAAUGCUUAGAGAGAGGAUUAUCGAAUCAGAUUCCUGAGGCAUCACACAAACUCAAACUCACUGUCAAAACCUUGUAUUUUUACUGAAAGAACUUUGGCUGAAAUCAUUGUACGCUAGCAGUAAAUUAAAUUAAACAAAAUGUUGUGCAAGUUAAAUUAAUCCAAUCCAAUUGUCUUCGACAAGCUAGCAAAGUACCCAAACCCAGUGUGUUUGGGCCAAGAGCAGAGCCACCAAAAAAUCUGAAAUUGAAUUUAAAAUUCAGCAUAAGUUUAGUCACAAACCGAUCGAACACAGACAUAAGAGAAAGGAGGACACAAACCAAUUUGUCAUUUAUACAUAUAUUUAUGAUUAUGUUUUAAUCGUAAGAGAAGCGCAGUGUAAUCUAUGUCGUAAGUAGCUGCAUUUUAGUUAGAUUAGAGCAAUUGUUUUGUUUUUACCACGGCAUUUAUGUGUAGCACCUGUUUGCUUGGCUUUGCUUUAGACAAAUGUAUCUACAAUUCCUCAAGUAUUUCAUAUCUCACAACAUACCAAAAACUAAAAACAGAAACUUGAAAACCGAAAGAAGUCAAGAGAGAGCGCCCUGAAUUUUUGUUUUAGAAAAUUCAUUUACAUGUCGAGCAAGCGCAAAACUGGCAAACUGACAAACCGGAGAGUGUAUAAUUAUAAUUAUAACUAAAAUAUAAUUGCCAGUCUAUGGCUAGAAGAAUUUGAUAAAAACGAUUAUACAAAAUACUUAUUGUGUACGAUAUUUUUGUAAAACCAAUCGUUCUUUUGUAUAACUUCUCCUAACUCUUUACCCUUACCCGUUUUUUGGCGCCCGUUUACAUAUGAUACCGAUACCGAUACCGAUACCAAUACCAAUACAAGAAUCAGAAACCAGAUACUUUAAACUAUUCAAUAUAAAAUGCCAGGCAGGAUUAAACCGAUAAUUGCAUACUCUAUAUACACUAUAUAUAUGUAACAUAUAUAUGGCCAAGUAUUGUUAGUCUGUAGUAGUUGCAUUUUAAAUUAACAAAACGCAGAUUAAACAAAAGCUUAAGAAAGCAACAACUUGUGCGAAUUGAAUGUGAGGAGGUGAAGCAGAAAUUAACACAAUAUUUAAGCAAAUACAUUUAGGUCUAAGCUACAAAAAUUGAAUAGUUGGGUAAUCCCACACUAAAAACUAAUUCUUGUCAAAUUAAUUUGGGCCCUAGCAAAAUUGGCUUAAAAUUUGUGUCACAAGUUAGACUUAAAAACAACAUACGAGAAUAAGAAACCGAAUGUUAAGCUGCAGUAAUGAAAAUUCUAAUUUAUUAUAAAACCAAAUAAAUAAAAAUACAAAAAAUG